AUGUUGGGAAACAGCAGUAGCAGAAGUCCCAAUUGCACAGACUAUAGCCAGGAUUUUGCUGGAGAGGUCAGCAAGGUGUUCCUCAUGGUCAUUAUGAUAGUGGCCAUCAUUCUUGGAAAUCUCUUGAGCCUCUUGGUCUUUCUCCAUGUCAAGCAAUUCAGAACUUCUCAAGGCUACCUGAAGACCUCUAUGGCCCUGUCUGAUUUGGUAGUGGGACUCGUAGUGCCUUACUCAGUUUACAGGGAGGUGAGCAGGUUGUCAUCCUGGAUGGAAGAAGAGGGCGAUCAGUCUGGCCAGCUCGUCUGCUUCGUCAUUGGCCCUAUCUUUACAGGCUGCACUUUUGUCUCCAACACCACCACCUUUUUGCUUUCAGUAGAGAGGACCAUAGCAGUGUUGAAGCCCCUGCAGAGGAAAGCAGUGAUCACCAAACGCAGGACCAUUUGGUUUAUUAUUGCCUCUUGGGCCACAAGUUUCUGCUUAGCAGUGAUACCUCUCCUUUCCAACCCUGGUGUUACCUUGCAGUACAAUUCCUGCAGCAAGAUAUGCAUGUAUUUCUUUCCUCCAGACAAGCUACCUGAAUCCCAUUGGAAUGUUCUGCUUCUGCACCCUCUGUUUGAUUUUGCCCUGUUGACUGGCACCUUUGCUAUCAAUGCAGUGACCUUUGCUUCCCUGCACCGUUACAGCAAGAUGCGGAAGCAACUAGCUGAAGAACCUCAGGGUGGCCACCGGCUCUCCUUCUCAGACAUCACUGCUGCCAAAACCAUUGGCUUCCUGACUUUUGCUUACUUCAUUUCCUUCUUACCUGUUGGUAUAUUUGCAGUGGGGUAUGUGGUGGGAUACUCUUGGUGUCAGUUUUCCUUUUAUGCUUUCUGGAUCCUCAUUUCCAAUAGCUGUUCAGAUGUGGCCAUCUAUAGUGUUUGGGACCCCAAGUUCCGGCAUGGGGUUCGAGAGCUGUUCAGCAAUACUGCCAUGGUAGAUACAUCCACUAGGAAACACGUUUGGCUGCUUUGUGUUCCUGACGCAGCUCCAGGCGAAGAAUGCAUCAACCAUUGCAGGAAAUUGGCUAACUGUUUGAUGAACCCUUUGCUAGAUGGGUCAAAAGCAUAG